UGUUAACCAGUUCUUAUAAAUAUCCUAGGUCAAAAUGUAAACACAUCUAUUUAUAACGUGUGGCUACAACGACAUAUCAUCGAACACCAUACAAGCAUAAGGAAUUACAGUUUCUACGGGGAUUUAAGGGACUUAUCUGUGAAAGAAUAAUGGACAUGAAAAACCUUUUCGGCGCAUAGGUAUAAAGACUACAAAAAUAAAUGAGAGAAAAACCAUAAAUUCAUUACAGAAGUAGCAUGGGUUCUGGUGGAAGUAAAAAUGCUACACCAACAGUUUUAAAGGGAUAUAGACGAGAGAUAAGCAAUGCAUCGUUGAGAGUAAAACAGAAAAGGGUUGUACGUAUCGAUGAGAGUGGAGUAGGGACAACAUCUAAUAUAAUGGCAACCAACUCCGAUGUAACCGUAUCUUCCUGCAAGAUGGAAAACAAUCUCUCAAAUAAUUCAGAGGUUAAAACUGAAAAUGUAAAUAUGGACGCUUUAAAAAUCGUGGAGAAGAUAAAAGAAGUGGAACCAAUGACGGUAAAUGAUUCAGAUUUCAUAAAAACUAUAUUUUGUUCUACCACGUCAGAGCACCCGAUACAUAAUUUUGGAAAACUUGAUUACAAUGUAAAUGCAUAUCACGGAGGACGUACUGCUCUCUACUUCGUCUCGACAACGUCUAUCUAUUACAAUACGGAAUUGUUUUUGGUACGAUCAGGAUAUGAUGGUAAUCAUGUACAAUUUAAGUUGCUUUCAAAAAUAAUCCCACUUCCUGACGUAUAUUAUAACGACCAAAGGAAUAAUUACAAAGUAGAUGAAGAAGGCAUGCUUGUUGCUGAUUGCUACCAUGACAAAAAUCACAUCAUGAUGUUAACAAACGACAGUAACUAUGGCAAUCUAAGGAAUGGGGUGUUUGUAGAAAUGCAGGGUAAUAAGUCUUCCGUAGAGUUUCCUUUGAAUGUAAAUGGAGGGAGAACUGAACGAGGAGGUGGGAUAACAUUGAUACUUUGUAGUGGCGGGAAAGGAGACGAUUCUAUAAAUACGUUGUAUUUGAUUCUCUCUGAGACAGAAGGGAACAAAUUCAGCGCUAAAGCCAUUUCUGGGGAGGAUAAAUACGAGUUUUCUGUUAAUGACGAUGGCAUUCUUUGUGUCAGUGGACCAGCCGGAAGUCGAUUUGGAUUAUGGCAUAAUAGAGAUAAUAUGAUAGAAACAUCAACGGUAACGUCACACACUUUUGUCAGUCAAACGCAGUGCUUGGAUGGAAACGAAGCAAUACAACUAAUGGGAAACGUCAGAGAGCAUGCUGCCAUGAUGAUCCUAUGCUCAAACAGUAGCGGAAUGGAAGACUCUACGGUUUCCAGUGUUUAUCAUUUAGUGAUAAAAGAGGGAAUUCUUGUUACGACAAAUGAGAUAUCUGGUUGUCAUGGUACCAAUUACAAAAAAUCGGACUUAUGGAAUUUUGAAGUUGUUGGUGCUCGUUUGUUGGCUUCUGGACCUGCAGGACCUUGUAGAUAUGGGGUUUUAUCCAAUAUAAUGGCAUCUAAGGAAGAAUUAAAGACAUCAUGCAAACAAGAUUUCUGUCUCGCAACAGGCGAAUCAACAAAAACAAAGGGGGAUAUAGAAGUGACUUUAGAAGAAAUAAAAGGGCAUGUCAAUAAACCUUCAGAGAUUUGUAUAAUGGUAGACCACAAGAUAAUUCAACUUAUUCCCAUUGAUGAACUUUCACAGCAAAAUGGAUCUUAUGCAUUUAAGUAUACAUGGAAAGAAGAUGAGAGAGACGUAGGACAUUAUCUUGUACGAGUAUUUGCUAUAAGGAAACAUAUCAGAAGUGACGAGGAUGUUUACAUAGAAUUAACAAAUUCUCCACGUUCGUUGAUUAGACAGAAACCAGGAGUUAUUUACGCAGUGAACGUCGGAAGCCCAGUUUACCAAGACAUGAAUGGCAUUGUAUAUUCAAGUGAAUUUUCAUUGUUUGCCAAUUUCGACCCGACUUUUGAAAAUGGUACCCAAUGUAAAGCCGCAGGGAUGUUAAAACGUAUGGCAAACCUGCCUGGUUCUCUAUUAAAAACAAAUGACGGUUUUCUUUACACUAAAGCAAGAAGGGCUGAAACAUAUAAUGAGUUUGACCACAGGUUUACUUAUAGGAUAAAUGACUUACCAAAUGGGAAAUUCAGACUUAGAUUGCACCUUACACAACCAACGAUUCAUUUACUAAUAAAUGGGAAAGAUGUUAACGAUGAAGUCAAUCAGAAAAUUAAAGACAAGAUGGAAGCAGGAGACUUGAAAAGUACUACAGCUUAUUAUGUCGACAUUAACGUGGAAAUAACAGACAACAGUCUACUAAUGCAUAGUCAGAGUGGAUCAGAUGUCUAUACAAAUGCCGAUUACUUAUGUGCUUUUGCAUUACUUGACAAUUCCUAUAAAGAUAAAGCAAUUCCUGACUGUCAGCUUCAAGAAGUAGAGCAAGAAAAACAUACAUUGGCAGAUAAAGCACUUCCAAUGAAUAUUGCUGUUACCAGAAAAGAGAUGACAGUUGUUGGAUGGUCUCCAAAUCUUCUCAAGAAUGCAAGUGGCGAGAAUAAAGAUAUGAAACACUGGAACACAUCUGGAGACAUAAGAGUAUGCGAUGCAUCUGGAUAUGGGACUGAGGCUUGCUUCAAAACGUCGCUGAUGUGGUCUUGCAAAUAUCAAGAAGUAAAUCUACUUGAUCACUUUACAGCAGAAUACUUAGAUACUGCUCCUGAAAUACGGGUGUCUGAGUGGUAUAAACAAGGGCAUUGCUUUGGAGGAUUCUACUGCUUUACAGCCCAGCUCAUGUCAGACGAUGGCCAGGUAAUAAAAGAAUACACAACAGGAGAAUUAGGCACAUUAACUAAUAAAGAUUGGUUAGAAGCUUCUGUGACUUUCUCUGAUUAUGGAUCUGGAGCUAGGAUCGUCACCUUUUCUUCUAAAGGUAAAGACGACAAAUACUGGACAGGGUAUUUUGGUCCUUAUAUAUCAGCUGCUGAAGUUCGUGUGAAGAAAGAAAGUAAACCAGCCAAAGAUGACAGCUUUUCAGAUAUUGAUCAGACUGACGACAGUGCUAAAAAAUCAAGUUUAGAAAAAAUGGUGACGAAUAUUCUAACCAGCAAUCAAAGUAUGUUUGAAGAUCUCGUUGACGACAAACAUUUACCAGUUGAUCAGGAUUUCGAAAAGCAAACAGAUAUGUCUAAUGAGUUGCAUGGCUGGAAGGGGGGCAAAAAACAAACUCACAAAAAGAGGGAAAUCAGAGUAUUUGUUUCAAGCACAUUUCGAGAUUUUACUAUGGAGAGGGAAGCAAUUAUCAAAAAGGCUUUUAGAGACAUAAAUCGUCUUUGUGUAGACAGAGGUGUAUUCUUUACUUAUGUCGACUUAAGAUGGGGGAUAACAACAGAACAAACAAAUGAUGGCAAAACUAUUGCUAUAUGUUUACAAGAGGCAAGUAUAAACUAUUGCUAUAUGUUUACAAGAGGCAAUUAUAAACUAUUGCUAUAUGUUUACAAGAGGCAAGUAUAA